GGUUUCAGAAACUGCCUCCUUAAUUUGAGAAAAGAACAAUGGUAGGAAAGGCUAGAUCUUCCAAUUUUACCUUAUCUGAAAAGCUUGAUUUGCUAAAACUUGUGAAGCCAUAUGUGAAAAUCCUCGAAGAACACACUAAUAAGCAUUCAGUAAUAGUGGAAAAGAAUAGAUGUUGGGAUAUCAUAGCAGUUAACUAUAAUGCAAUUGGAGUAGACCGCCCUCCUCGAACAGCGCAGGGCCUACGCACCCUUUACAAAAGGCUCAAAGAAUAUGCCAAACAGGAGCUAUUGCAGCAAAAAGAUACCCAAUCAGAUUUAAAAAGCAGUAUUUCUGAGCCAACCAAGAAAGUUAUGGAGAUGAUUCCCCAGAUUUCCAGUUUUUGCCUGGUAAGAGACAGGAACCACAUACAAAGUGCAAACUUGGCUGAGGAGGCACAGGCUGGUACCAGUUCACUACAGGUAAUGUUGGAUCAGCAUCCAGUUGCUAUUACAGUGGAGGUGAAGCAAGAAGAAGACAUUAAGCCCCCUCCUCCACUGGUUUUAAAUUCGGAACAGAGUUAUACUUUAGAGCAAAGAGAAGAACAUGAAUUAGUACAUGUUAUGGACAGAUCUGUGUCGCCGUCACUUUCCUCUGUUGAUAUGAGAAUGACAUCGUCUCCAUCUUCCAUCCCAAGGAGAGAUGAUUUUUUUCAUCAUGAGUGUGGAGGACACUUUAGGUCACAAUUAGGGUAUGAUCCUCAGAUUCUGCAAAUGCUGAAAGAGGAGCAUCAGAUAAUUUUAGAAAAUCAAAAAAAUUUUGGAUUAUAUGUUCAGGAGAAGAGGGAUGGAUUGAAAAGAAGGCAGCAGCUAGAAGAAGAGCUGCUACAAGCAAAAAUUGAAGUGGAGAAGCUGAAAGCAAUUCGCUUACGGCAUGAUCUGCCUGAAUAUAAUCGUUUCUAAAUUUUUUUCAGUUUCACAAUAUAAUUUUAAUUUUGGCCGUUACUUUCUCUUGGGAAUGUCUUAAAACAGAAUAUGUAUUAUAAUGUAUCGUUAAUCUCUAUUAUGAAAAAAACCUUUGACAUUUUAAAAAUUAUUUAAUUUUCUUUUGAUAUAUAUUAUAAUUUUUUGAUUGUAUGGCAUGGUUUUAUUUUUUUUGUCUCCUCUGUUUUUUUUCUAAGAAGUUUAAUUGUUGGCCUUACAAAAGAUGUUAUAUUUUGAUCAUUAAAAUAUAACAUACAUAAAUAUAUACACAAACACAUAAGUAGUCUUUCAAAGCUCUAUCUUCAACAUUUUAAAUUAGAGCUUUGAAAAGCUGUAGUUCAAGGUUUUUAAUUCAGUCUAAUUUAGAAGCAAUACUAGCCCAAUAACAGGAAGCUUGUCUUUAUGACAUUGAUUUUUAUGCUUUCAUUUUUUGAAGGAGUAAGUCCUAUGACUUUAGUGAUGGAAAGUAUUUGGAGAUCACUUUUUACCCCCUUUUCAAUUUAGAAGCUAAUAAAACUGAGGUCCAGAAAGAACUCAGUGACUUACUUGAUAUAACAAAGCUAUUUUUGGCAGAGCAAGGACCAGCACUGAGUUUUUGUUUGUAAUUCCCCCCCCCCUACUAUUCCAUAGAAAUAAAGAUCCAUUAAAGUUAACCUCCAUAUUAAAAAAAUUGGAGGUGCUUAUUUUAUUAAAGUAGUUUUUAAAGAUUGGGAGGUUAUGAAAUCAAGGGAAUUGUAUCAAUUAUCCCCAUCCCCCACCCACCUUUUUUUUUUUUUUUUUUUUUUUGCCAGAAAAAUAAGAUAAUCUCUUGGAGCUAUUAUAUAUCUUGGCUGUAAGAUUUAAUGUUUUAAUUCACUUUUAAUGUCUUACUCUGGAAAAGAUUUCACAGUAAAAAUUUUAAUGAACAAAAUUAAAAUUUUACAUAGAUUAAAAGUAGCAAAAAGUAUGUUUAUAGUUUAUGAUAUAAUCUGUAAUGUUUAUUUAAAUAUUGCUAUUUUAGUAUUUGUGGAAAUAAAACUUUCAUUCUUAAAGCACACAUAUUAAAUUUAAGUUAAAUCUUUAGUAUGUAUAUUACUUACCGAUUUCUAUUUUUGCUAGAGCUUUGUUGAGGAAGGAUUUUUAAGCCAGGCUUUAGAAUGGGGUAGGCAGAAUUUUAGCAGUACAGUGGGCAAAGGACAUUUAAGUCAAAGUGAGCAGCAUGAAAAAAGGCCUAGAGAAUGGGGAGAAGUGGAUCAUCGUGUACAAGCACAAAUACAGUGCUAAACCAGAUGAUUGUACAUGACUGUAGAGGGCCCAUUAGGAUAGUGGUAAUCUUAAGACAUCUUCCUUGACUGUAACUACUGUUUAGUUCCGGGAGACUUUUUACAUGCACAAUAAGCCAGAGAUCUGCAUUUUAUGUGAAAAAUUUUCCAAUUUUAAAAUGUUGCAAAUAAUUUAAAAUGUUUAAAACACUACACAGACAAAACAUGUGAGUGGAUGGCAUUCAGCCUGUGGGCUUCCUUUGUGGCCUUAGAAGUCGAGCAAUGGUUCACCAAGAGUAGAUCCUGACCAGUAGUAUCAGCAUCAUUUGAGAACUUGUGCGAAAUGUAAAUUCAUGCCUUUUGAAUUAGAAACUUUGGAGGUGGAGUCCAGCAAUAUUUUCACAAACCCUCAGUUUGAGACCCACUAGACAGAAUAUUUUGGAACCUAGCUUGGUGCCUAAAUCAUAUUAGAUUCUCAAAAAAAUUUGUUGAAAAGAGGAGUAAAAGUGAGUUAAGGGAUAUCAAUUUGGAAGUUGGUUGGUGCCAGAUUAUAGAUUACAUUAAAAACUAUUUUUAGCCCUGGCCUGGUAGCUUAGUUGGUUUGAGUGUCCUCCUAAUAAGCCUAGGUUGCAGGUUCGAUCCCCGGUCAG